AUGAAAGACAUGAGUGAAAUGUUUGAAAGACUUGCAGCGAAACAACAAGCAAGGUCAACAACAGCUGUAGCAACCUCUAGCACUGAUGUCACAUUAUUAAACGACGACGAAAGCAAACAGAAUAACAUAUCAAAAAAGAGAGACAGAAAUCAAUGCCAAAAACGCAAAUACACAUUUCGCAAAAGAAGACCGUCGAAAAAGAAAAAGCAGAUCAAAAAUCAUGAUUUACAAAGCUCGGAAUCAGUUAAACAGGUCUUUCAAGACCGAACCUCAUGUUGUGUCAAACAUUUUUCCGAAGACGAUGUUGUAGAGUUCAGAUCACGCUAUUCAAACUUGUCCACAGAAAACGCCAAACAGAUGUUCGUGUUUAAUUCGUUGAAAAACGCAAACGGUUCAACACUGUAUCUUAAUGGCAAACCUUGUUGCAUUCAAUGCUUUGCUAAAAUGUUCGGCAUUAGCAAGUUCAAGCUCAAACAAGCAAAAAAAGCAAUCCGUAAUGAAGUUGUGCCAAGUACGGGUUGGCAUGGGAAUACGGGUAACAAAAAACAUACAACCAGAAAAUCGGAAGCCAUUGCUUGGAUGCAAGUUCUGUUGGAAAGAGAUGGUCAAUUUGCUCCCAAUAACACCGAAAUACAUUUACCGUGCUACAAUUCAUGGAACGACAUAUUUGAACAGUACUCCGCCGACAUGACAAAAAAAAAAGCACCGGCAUACAAGACCAAAGUGAACUUUUGUAAUCUUAUUGAACAAGAAUUUCCUACAAUAAUUCUACCCAAGUCAACGAGGUUAGGAAAAUGUGAUGAUUGUUUGCAAUUUAAGAAGGAGAAAGCAAAACUCGAACUCAAGGACACAAAGGGACGAAAUGCUCUUGAUGAAAAAAUUAAAAUCCAUCAGCAGCAUCAUGAGAAAGAACGGGCUUAUUAUUACUAUCGAAGAGAAAAAGCACAACAAAACCCUUCGGAUAUUGAAUGUAUUAUAAUUGACGGAGCAGAGGCGAUUCAAUUUCCAGUAAUGUAUCCAAUCCCAAAAAGUGCGUCAAGUAAUGUACAAAAGUUGAAGAUGGGAUGUUAUGGCUUGAUUGCACAUGGAGCCAACACCAGAAUGUUGAAAUUGAUUCCUCCUCAUUUUCCAGGCGGUGCUAAUCUCGCUUGCACUGUUUUAUAUGAAGCAUGUAGACAACAAAUCGAAAGUAAUAACAGAUCUAGAACACUCUUCGUUCAAGCAGACAAUUGUGCCAAAGAAGCGAAAAACAAAUACUCAAUUGCUUUCCUUGCAAUGCUUGUGCAUUAUGGAUGGUUUGAAGAAAUUUUUAUUUCCACCAUGAUUGUCGGUCACACCCACGCCGACAUUGAUCAAAUGUUCAGUACUUAUGCAAAGAACUUGCAUCAAAAGGACGAUAGAGGUGUUGUAGAAACACCACAAAACUUCAUAGACAAGAUUGAAACUUGGUAUUGUGACGGAAGUACAAGACCAAAAGCAUCCUUUUUGCAGAGAAUGUUUGAUUGGUCGACUUUUUUUGAUGGUGUUGUGAUGAACUUUGAAGGGAUUUCAAAUUAUCAUGGAUUCAGGAUCUUCCAAACUAAAGAGGGUCAUGUUGCACUGCAGGUAAAGUUGUACAAUGGUGAUGAGUCUUCGGUGUUCCACGGACCAGAUCAAACAGCCAACACUUGGUAUUCAAUAUUUGUGCAUAAUCAAAUUCCUAAAGGCGAACCUGCAUUGAUUGAGACUGAAAACAGUGAUGAAAUAUUACAAGGCAUUGAAGGAUUGUUUCCUCAUCUCGCAGACUCUUCGAAAGAUUGGAUGAGACAGUACAAAGAGUCAAAGGGAAAAUCAAUAUUUAAUCAUCAACUCAGUGCAAAACCCGAAGAUUUUUGGUUGGAGAGAAUUAUAACGCCACAAGUAUCUUCUGCUUGUGUCACUACAAAUGCCAACAAUAAUCUCACACCCACCUUUUGUGCAACAAUUCCAAGUGAACACAUAUCUAAACCACCACACAAACUAGUUGGAGAUUACGAAUACGGAGAAUGGGUUGCUUUUGAUCAAAAUAUUUCACAUGAUGCUUAUGGUGUAGGAAUGAUUGUAUCACACACUCCGUUGAAGGUUGUUGAAUACUCUGUCAAUGAUGACAAAAUUUCUGAGACACCGAAUGACCUUUUCAAAGCAAUUGAGCCGUCAUCGAUUCUCAUCAGGUCGUUCCGGAUCAACCAAGAUCGAAAAAUCCAUACAAUAGCUCUGAAUACUAUUCAGAAAGCGUUGUCCAAGCUGCGUAAUGAACCUGAAAAAGCCCAUAAAAGAGCUCCAAGACGAAAAUCCAAACAAAAGAAAUAA